ACAGCGUUAUUUAAGCCUUUUUCUUACAUCUGGGUGAUAUUUAUUUAAAUAAACACAAGUUUCAGUCAUGCUAGCACAUUGUGUAGCUUCUACAGAGCUAACAAAACAUGAAAAAGUUGAUUUGUUAACCGUCUCAGGCCUUCAGAGCGGGUUUAAUCCGGCUCAGGUUGAAGCAAACGUUUCAGCAUGUUGCUAAUCCUGUUAAGACCUGUCCUCAUAGACACACAGUUAACAAAACACUGCACCGCUAGCAUUAGUUGUUGUGGUGUUGUGUGUGUUGGAUGAUAAAACAGAAAGCGUCUGCUCUUCAUGUCGUGGGAUUACUGCUGCCGGUGCUGUUGGACGCCUCAGAUCAAACACCACUGCAAGCUGUCAGUCAACACCAAGCUCAAUGACACAUGGGUGGUUCUUCAGAACCUGUUAAUGUGUAUAGUGUGUUUCUACUCACUUUACUACAUCACCCUCAGUUUGUGCAUCGGCAUCCUGAAGGUAGAGGAGGUGGAUAGCUUAUUAGCACCUUUCAACUACAAAAUACAACCUUCAUGGAACAACCCGAAAUAUUUAGUGAGCGUGAUCUCGACUGAGGUGACGUACAUGGUGGGAGGACUGGUUUUUGCCUGGAUUGUGGAGGAGUGGGUGUGGGACUACGCCAUCACCGUGACGCUGCUACACAUCGGUCUUACGAUCGCUGUCAUGGCCGAUUUCCCCUCCACAGAACACUGGUGGAUCACUCAGGGUUCAGGAUUAGUGAUGAUGAUCUUUGGUGGUCAGCUUCUGGCGUAUCAUCUUUUCAGGAAUAAUUUUGUUCAUCCUGCAGAUCUACAGAACUUUUGACUGAAAUCCCUUCACAGUUUGAACCGUGUGCUGUUUCCUCUCUCUCUCUCUCUCUCUCUCUCUCUCUCUCUCUCUGUGUGUG